CCCCGAAAAUGGAUAAAAAUGGCUACUUUUCCUACGUGUCCUCUACCGCCAAGAAGAAAAAGAUCAGCCUUAUGCAACCUCGGCCUCCGCGGAUGGCUUUUGAAGAAAAGCGACGGCCAGGGGUGGCUGAAAGGGUCCACGACAGUACGGCCGCGAACGCCGUGGAGUGCAGACGCGUGGAGUCUAUGUCGCAUCGAGCUCUAGCGGACGCGCCACGCGCGCGACUGUACACGCAACUCGAAAGUUAUCAGCCGAGAUAUCAUACGAUACGUGAAAAUAGUGAAAAGCGUGAUAGUGAGUGUAAGAAAAGAAGGAAUGAACAGCGGAAAGGACACCAGCAGACAGUCAGGACAGCGAAAUGCAGCGGAGGUUCACCACACAGAGAGAGAAGGCGGCGGGAGGAAGAGCCUCAGCCUGCAGGCUUCAGUGCGGCGCUGCACCGUACCCCGCCACCCCCGCCCCCCGCAUUGCUCCGGCGACUGGGGGUUAAGGAACCCACUGGACUCGGCAAGGUGAAAGUCAUGCUCCGGGUGGGUGCAACAGGCGAGGGUCCAUUCACGACUGGAACCCAGACAUUUUCACUGGACAAACGUAAGAAGCAAGUUACUGUCUGCGAGACGGUGCCCCCCAGCACGGCCCCUGAAGACCGUAAGGUGGGCGUGGCUGCGCCUAAAAUGUUCGCAUUUGACGCAAUCUUCUCCCAGGAUGAUUCACAGAUCGAGCUGAGUUCGAGUGCACUAACAGACGUGAUACACGCAGUUAUAAAUGGUACAGAUGGUUGUCUUUUCUGCUUCGGACAUGCAGGACUAGGCAAGUCGUACACCAUGCUAGGGCGACCUGACGCCGCUGCAUCCCUCGGCGUCAUCCCCUGUGCCAUAUCCUGGCUGUUCAGGGGCAUAGCGGAGCAGCGGCACAAGUGCGGCACCCGUUUCUCCGUUCGGGUAUCAGCUGUCGAAUUGUGCACGAAUACGAACCAAAUCAGGGAUCUGUUGGCGCCCUAUCAGAAUGAUACGGAGCAGUCACCAGGAGUAUACCUUCGAGACGACCCUCUCUUCGGAACGCACUUACAAAACCAGUCAGAGCUCAGAGUGCAUAGUGCCGAGAAAGCGGCGUUCUACUUAGAUGCAGCUCUACACACGAGAGGAACGAGGGAGGAGGGCAAGGACAGUCAUCUGUUGUACACACUCCACGUUUACCAGUAUAGUGUUGGCGGCAAAGGAGCAGUUGCCGGCGGUCGAAGCCGAUUACAUCUAAUCGACUUAGGAAACUCAGAACGCGGAAAAACUAACGGAGGGAUACCAUUAUCCGGCUUAGGAAAUAUACUUCUUGCGAUUUUCAACGGUCAGCGCCAUUUGCCGUACCGAGAUCACAAUCUUACUCAUGUAUUAAAGGAAUGUCUCGGAUCCCUUACUUGUCAUACUGCUAUGAUAGUUCACGUAUCGCCCAACGUACAAAAUUAUUCCGACACACUCGCCACUUUGCAAUUAGCAUCCAGAAUACAUAGAUUACGACGAAGAAAAAUAAAAUAUCCUUCAAAUAAUGCUGGUUCGGGCGGUAGUUCUGGUGAAGAUGCUUCGAAACCUAGCAGUAGCGAACCUGAUCCAUCCAGCAGUGAUCUCUCAGCUGACACAGUGAUUUAUGUUGGGCCGUUAGAUGAUGGAACUGAUGGCGAACAUCCUCCUGUUUAUAUACCAAGUAUUAACUCGGGAGAUAAUAGAUGCUCCAUAAGUAGAGCACUAAGAGGGUCAUCAGCUGAACAAAAGCACAAAUCAUCCUUAUCUAAAGUAGUUGAAGAGAAAAGUCCUCUACAUAAAAUGUAUUCAACACAAAAAUCUUCACCGCUUAAAAAUGCAGCACCCGUGAAUACUCCGAAAUCUUCUCCCGUACACGCCCCUACCACUAAAAUGACGCCAUUAAAAAAACCAUUGACAAAACAUGCAGAUGAAGGCAAAAGUACAAGUGACGAGCAAUGGAUUGAUGGCCCAAGAAUAUCGAAAUCAAAACUCGUAGAAGCUCGUCAUAUAAUCAAAGAAACGCAAGGAAAGAAACGAGAAACGUGGAUCGAUGGACCUAUGCAAGAACCAAAGGUUCCACAACAAUUUGAGUCUGUACCGAUACAACCUAACCCAAAUCCAGUACCGCUUCAAGUUGGAGUACUUAGCUCUUAUGCUGGUGAAAGCAUAGGUUAUGGUUACAUGGACAGUCAUAAGAAAAAUAUGAUUAGAAAAUGGGUCGAAAAUCAAACAUCUCAAAUACAAAAAUCAAGGCACAAUUCACCGAGUCAUAAAGCACAACCUUGUACAAAAGAAACUAACAGUAAGAUUCUAGAUGAACCCGAAACUACACAUAAAAUGGAAGUAAUGAAGGAUGGAAGGCGAAUUCACGUUGAAGAAUCUACAAUAAGAACAGGUCUAAAAGCAGGCUCAAAAGCUAUAGCAAUAGAAGAAGAAAACUUUGAUCCACCUGAAUCUAAUUCCUCCAGAAAACCUUCCAAUGCCAAAUCAAUAACAAAAAGUGAGGUCGACGAAGACGACGAUAGUGAAGAAUUGGCUGAAAUACCUCCAGCGCUUCCAUUAAUACAACCAAGCAGUCUUAACAGUAGAGAAGUUUCAAUGGAAAGUUUGGAUAGCAAAUAUAAGGAAAGAAUGAGAAUGGAUGAUGAAAUGGUGUCAAAUCAUAGUAGAGACAUUGAUUCACAUGGAAUGAGCAAAGGGCGAAAUGACGAUGAAGACGAAAUUUUAGAAAUUAUUGAAGUCGAAGAACCCUUAGAACCCGUUCCUAUGCAAGACUCUUGCCUGCAAGUUACGGAAGAGGAUAUAGCAUUUUGUAUGGGACUUACAAACUUUGAAGGAGAUGAUGAUGAAGAUCAUCCCCUUAGAAUUUUAAGUCAGGAAAAUUUAACAGUAGCCUCUACAUUUACGGACACAUUAUCUUUGUAUAGCGAAGUUGAACGCCAAAUAAGAAAUGAAGCAUAUCUUAGACAAACAAUGGAAUUUUAUGCACAGACCUUUGGGGAUCAUGCAGGUGAUAUAAACCCAAUUGGUAGCUUACCCACUUCAAGAUCUAGAAUUGAUGAUCUCAUAGACCUAACAGAACUGUACGGCCCUAGAAAGUUAUCUGAUGGAAACAACUUUCCCAGUUCAAGGAUAGCUCCGGUAUUCCAAUCAAUGUCACUCUGUAACGUUAGAGAUACAGAAGAUUAUCACGACGGAUCAGUAUACAGUGAACCAGCCUAUAGACCAAGUGAUAAAAUAUGUGAUAGUUGUAAACGGACGAUGUCAAGACCGGGUAGUGUUAUUGGAGAAUGUGAGGUAUAUCAGAAUUUAGACAUAACGCAUAACAAUUGCUAUGGUCCAUUCGAGCGGUACAGAGGCAAUGAUAUUACGGAUGCGCGUAUUGCAUCGUUGCGACAUCCGGAUGGAGCAUCCGAUCCGAAUUUACGUGAAGAAAACAGAACACCUGGUAUUGGUGCACCGUCCAAUGCCUUUCGGGAGCUAAAAUCAAGCAUGCAUUUAGAAGUUACACCGCCUGUAGUUACAGUUGAACCACGUUCCGAAAAAUGCGAAAAAAGUGAUAAAGGAAUUGCAAGAGUCGUAGCGAGUUCCAAGCCCGAUGGUUACGAUAGUGGCCAUGAAUCUACGCCAAGAACAGGAAAGCAUAGUCCUGCUGGAACAUCAAGAAGGGCUGAAUCAGGUUACGACUCCGUACCGCGCGACUCGGACGCAUCUUCCCUAGAUUCUUACCCAACUCGAAGGGCGGCAGUAGCAAGGGCUCACGCCAAGAAACAUACAACAGCCAAAUACAAACAACAUAGUGAUCGAUCAUUUUGCUCUUGGCUAAGAAACCCUUUCACGUGCAAAUACGCAGAUACUGAUCCCGAAAUCAGUGACUUCUAAUAUUUAUAUCGUACAUUGUAGUCGGUAUUUUCUAAGUAACAUGUAUCACUAAGCUACGUUACCGAAUUUAAUCUGGAGACUGCUUUUGUACUCUAGAUAUAUAUGUAUUUAUAUGACAAAUGCUUUGGCACUGAUUCUUAUAAUGUUACCAUUGUAUUUUUAUAAAUCUCAAUGCUUCUAGUACCGCUCCGAAGUAUUUUAAGUGUCAUUUAGUAAAAUUUAGCGAAGAAUACGUGUUGUAAAUAAUAUGUUAUACAACGAAUAUCAAACGGCUCUAUUAGAAUUCUGCUCAUUUUGUACUUUUAUAUAAUGUUUCUACUUCUUUUGUUACCUAUAUAUUUUCGACUGUUAUAGCGUUUUGACAAUGUAAAUAAAUUCUAGAGUCUUCCUUAGUCUUCCUCGGUGUGGAAGACGAAACUUUUCUAUACAUCACGUGUAAACAUUUCUUCCGAUCACUUAUCGUCGCUUUUUGUAAUUUAAUUUUGGUACAUUGUUAAAUCUCACUUAAAUCCACGAAAAUUAUAUAAAGGGCAAAUUGGCUAUUGAAAAUAGCAUAAUAAUAUACAUUCACCAAAAACUCGAGUACUACUUAACUUAUAGACCAAAACAUAUAAAAUCUGUAAUUAUUACCGCGAGUAUUAUCAUAAGAAAAUGGCAGACAAUACAACGGUUAAGUAUAAAUCGAAGUUACAACAUAUCAUAGAAUUACAUAUUCGCAAUAUACGAGUACAUUUCAAAUAAACUAACUAACUAUCUAAUAAACUACUAUCGACUUCUCCGGCCUUUGGAAUCUUUGUAAGAUAUGUGUACAAAGCAAAGACAAAUCAAACAAAUCUAAAAUCAUAACAAAUUGUUCAGCCGUUGUUAUUUAGUGGUGUAACUAACCGCACUUUCUUGUAUUGUUUUAUUUAUAUAGACUAAGAUUAUUGUGAUAUAAGUGAGUGGAAGAAAUAUAAUGUUUUUAGUAGUAAGACUGUUGUCAUGGCCAUGUUCUAGCUUUAAAAUUUCGGCGCGUCCGUAUGUAAAUAACUUGCAAUCACUGUGGCUUUAUCGGAUGUUGAUAAACUUAGUUAUCGCUUUAUUGUCAAUGUUCUGUUAUUAUACUGUAUUGAUAUUAUAAAUAUAUAUCGUAAAUUCUACUAUGCGUUCGUAUUAGUUCGAAAUAAACUGUUCUAUU